AUGGAGCGCCCUCAGCCCGACAGCAUGCCCCAGGAUCUGUCAGAGGCCCUGAAGGAGGCCACCAAGGAGGUGCAUACCCAGGCAGAGAAUGCCGAGUUCAUGAAGAACUUUCAGAAGGGCCAGGUGACCCGAAAAGGCUUUAAGCUGGUUAUGGCUUCCUUGUACCACGUCUACGAGGCCCUGGAGGAGGAGAUCGAGCACAACAGGGAGAACCCGGUCUACGCCCCCCUCUACUUCCCAGAAGAGCUGCACCGCAAGGCCGCCCUGGAGAGGGACAUGGCCUUCUGGUACGGCCCCCGCUGGCACGAGGCCAUCCCCUACACGCAGGCCACCCGCCGCUACGUGCAUCGCCUCCAGGAGGUGGGGCGCAGGGAGCCAGAGCUGCUGGUGGCCCACGCCUACACCCGCUACCUCGGUGACCUGUCGGGGGGCCAGGUCCUCAAGAAGAUUGCUCAGAAGGCCCUGGACCUGCCCAGCUCCGGGGAGGGCGUCGACUUCUUCACCUUCCCCAACAUCGCCAGUGCCACGAAGUUCAAGCAGCUGUAUCGCUCCCGCAUGAACUCUCUGGAGAUGACGCCCGAGGUCAGGCAGAGGGUCAUCGAAGAGGCCAAGACUGCCUUCCUGCUGAACAUUCAGCUGUUUGAGGAGCUGCAGGAGCUGCUGAGCAAGGACACUGAGGACCAGAGCCCCUCGCAGGCCUCAGGGCUACGACAACGGGUUGGCAGCAGAGCACAAGACUCGACUCCCGCGGAGACUCCCAGAGGGAAGCCCCAGCUCAACCUUCCGUCCCAGGCACCGCUCCUCCGAUGGGUCCUUACACUCAGCUUUUUGGUGGCAACGGUGGCUGUGGGACUUUAUGUCAUGUGA